UUCUCACUUUAGUCACUUGGAGUCUGUGUUGGAUGUUCAGACACAUUCUCAAAUCCAUGCUUAUCUCUGCUUUUUGGAACAGUCAAUAAAGUGAAAGUAAACAUAAGAUACACACAUUUGUUGGAUUGUUCAACUGUGAGAGUACUUGAAAAUAAUCUUCAGUUGCAUUUGAGCCUUGUGUUUAGUAGCCACGAUCAGUGCCUAGUUCUCGGUGACCAGUUUUCCCAAUAUGCCUGUGACCUACGAUGAUAUACCCGGUAACAGCAUCACCAGAAAGUUUACGGUUAGUCGUCCCCUUCAGUUGACGAAAAUUAACGAUACCGAUAUUCCGGAAGAUAUUCCUUUGGCAAAGAAAUGGCUGAUGAAGCCUUUCGUCUUGGGCCCACAAUUUGCCACUUUGUAUCCCGAGAUCAAAUCUUUUGAAUGCCGUUCAAGUGAUAUUUGGGUGGUAAGCUUCCCAAAAUGUGGCACUACUUGGACUCAGGAGAUGGUUUGGUUGCUGGAUAAUAACCUCGACUUUGAAACUGCUCGCAACACUGACUUAUUUGAGCGUUUCCCCUACUUUGAAGUCAUGUACCUACCGAAUGGUGAAAGGGGCGAGUCAAUAAGAAAGUUUAACAACAUGACGUCCAAGAGGUACAUCAAGAGUCAUCUCCCAGCGCAUAUUCUCCCAAGAUCACUUUGGCGUGCAAAAAGUAAAGUUAUUUACGUGGCCAGGAAUCCAAAAGAUGCAGCUGUGUCAUUCUUCCAUCAUUGGAGGAAUAUGGGACGCUACACCGGGAGUCUUGAUGAUUUUCUAGAUCUCUUUAUCAAUGACUACGCGAUGUACUGCCCUUUUCACAGUCACGUGCUGGACUUUUGGAAUACAAAAGAUGAGGAUAAUAUUUUGUUUAUAACUUUUGAGGAGAUGAAACGCGAUCUAGAUGCUGUCAUCAGAAAAACAUGCACCUUCCUGGGCAAGGAAUAUCCUACAGAAAAGAUUGAUGAACUCAAAGAUCAUCUUUCAUUCAAAUCAAUGAGAGAGAAUGAUAAAAUUAAAAUCGAACAUUUCACUGGUGUUUAUCAAGAUUGGCAGGAUCACACCUACAGAUUCGUGCGAAAAGGCGAAGUGGGUGGCUAUAAAUCAGAAAUGUCUGCAGAAUGGAUUGAAAAGUUCAACAAGUGGUCCAUGAAUGAACUCAGUGGAAGUGACUUUAAAUUCGAAGACACUAGACAUCAGAGGAAUUCCCCAUUUGGCAUCAUCUUGCAUCUUUUGCAAGAAGAAAAAUCUUGUGAUAGAACCGACGCAUCGUGUUCCGUGUCAGAUUGAUUGAAAAGCAACGUAGUGGAUUCUUUUAUUUUGCCAAAGCAUUUCUUCCGAUGUUUGACAAUAUCAACUGAAUAGAUGCAAUUAUUGUGAACGCUGUAAUUAAAUGCGCUGACCAAUUGUGCUGUGCAGACAUUCAUUAAAAUGCAAUUGUUGCCAUGUGGCACAAAAAUGCUGUUACAAUGGAAAGAAUGACCGAGAAUUGUAUUUAUGUUGCUGAAAAGUUGAUGUUGUGACUUUGGACAAAAAUAUACACUGAACAAUA